ACAUUUGAUKCCUUCAGCAUUGUGCCAUGCUGUGCAUGGAUCGAUUUGUUCUUUUAUAGUAGCUCAGUUURUGAUUGGAAUUUUAUCUCGAAAUGGAGGAAGAAGUAGUGAACAGUGAUGAGAGCUACACCGACGACGACGAAGAGGAAGAGUUAGACCCUAGAAUUCAGGAUGAAUUAGAGAAAUUGAAUGCUGCCACGAAUUCCAUAAAUCAUCUUGAAGCUGAGCUAGAUGAAGCACGUGCAGUAUUCAGACAAACCUUAGCUGGAGCUACACAACAUCUGAAUGGGGUUGCUCAAAAACUUGGAAAGUGUGUUGAUAAAUCAAGACCAUUUUAUGAAUCAUAUAGACAACUACGCCAGUCACAUGGCAUGCUUCAAAAAUCAACCAACCAGUUUGAGAGAGCUACAGGCAUGCAUAUUGCAGCCAGAACAAGAGUUCAAGAGGCAGAGAAGAGAGUUUUUGGUGCUGGUCCAAAAAGGGCUUUUGAUACUGCACUCCAAGAAAUGCUAAAUCAAGCAACAAUAGAGGUCAAUGAAGCUGAGAAAUUGAAAAGAGACAGCUGGAAACAGCAUCAAGAAGAUUUGAAGGCUUAUAGGGAUUUAGAACUUAAAGUAAAAAAGCUGUAUAAGAAGCUCAAAAGCUCAGUGGAAAAGGCAAAACCCUACUUUGAACAAAAGAAAGACUUUGACCGUCAUCUGUGGCAACUAAAGUUACGAGUGGAUUCCAUCCUGUUAGGCUUGUCUGGUGCUAAGGAAAACUAUUCUGCCUGCCUAAAGUCACUGGAAGUCAUAAGUGAUGACAUCCAUGAAAAAAGAAAAAGCAAGCGAAUGGAAACUAUGCUCUCAAAGCUGCAAGAACGAGAGUCCGGUGUGGGUGCAGACUCAUCAACUGAAGAUGAAACCUCCCUUCAUGCAAGCAAUCUUGAUUUAGACUUUGAUAGCUCAUUGAACUUUGACAAACUGGAUGUGUUAUCUGAUGAUUUAGGUGACGAUCUUAGCAAUUUAAGUACAGCCCGAGCAGCAUCAUGCUCAAACCUAGAAAUAAGUGCUUCAGGUGGAAACAAUCUCACUUCUGACACACGUGUUGUGUAUGGUUUAGAAUCAUCUGUAAGUGAGUGUAACAAAGAUAGAAAAGAACAAACAGUGGAAGGUGACAGUUACAAACAGUCAGAAGAUACUAAAACUAAAGACAUAGACAUUGCAGAAAACAGUAAUAUUGGGCUUGAAGUGAAUAAACAAUUGACAGAAGAUAAAUCUAGUGAUAUUGAAGUAGGGUCUGUUUCAUCAUCAACAUGUAAUGUUUCUGAAGACCUUUCUAAAAAAUCUACAACAGAUGAAUCUAUUAAUUUGGAAAAUACUUCUCACCUCCAAUCAAGUCAAGAUGAAAUCUCAAGAGAAGAUUCUACUAUUGUGGUUCAAGGAGAUUCUCAAAGCCAGACAGUUGACAUUUCUAGUCUAGAGAAAGAAAGAAGUUGUCAAGAUGAGGUCAGGCAAGGUGAAGUUUCACCUGCAAGAGAUGAAUUGAGUGUUACAGAUGAAAAGACACUGCAAGUGGAAGCUAGUGAGGCAGUGACAACUACACAUGGAGAUGAAGCAUUAUCUUCUAAAAGUGAAUCAGAGGUGUCAAGGGAAACGUCUCCAAACCAAAUACUUAAUGUUGAUCCAGUGGCCAGUGGAGAAGAAAGUACAUGUUCACAGAACCAAAUCAACCAUGACAACUUGCCAAAAACAAAUGAAUCAAGGGCAUCAGAAGAAACUUCACUCCAAGACGAUUUAGAUGCUAGUGCUUCUCAAGAUGAACCAACUGUGGUUGAAUAAACCUAUUAUAACUAGACAAAGGACUAAAAUAGUGACCUGCCCGGGUAUUCUUCCCAUGACAUAUCAAGAUAAAUAGCCUAAUGAAUGGAUCUAUAAUUGUGCAACAAUUCUCAAUUUCCUGCAACUCCAGGAGUAGGAAAAGACAAAAUUGAGGGUGCAUUUUUACUCACAAUUCCAGAACUGACCAAAAAAUGCAYUAACUUGUAAAUAAAUCUUAUCCAUUAGAGCAGAAAGGACUCUUGAUUGUCAAUUUUUUGAUAAAUUACAAAGAGAAAUAUUUGAUUAGUAGAUUGUUUUAUUAAAAUUGAAGUUAUUAUUA